AUGUUCCUGCAGGUGUACAGCAAUGGCCGCGGCCAGCGCCUCUACACCUUGCAGAAGGUGUCCCCGAGCGGGCAGCCCACGCGCUCGGCGCACCCUGCGCGCUUCUCGCGCAGG